AGCAAGAGAGAACGUUGAGCAGCCACUUCACCUGGCGCCCUGUGUGAGUUCCACUCAAUUAACCACAAUGUCUUACUGGGUCCGUAUUGUCAGUGCAUUGGUGCUUUUUGCAAUUUAUAUAAACGCGGAAGUUACACUGAAUCAGCCGCCUUCGAAGUCCACGUCUCCGGGACAGAACGUACAAAUACCCUGCACCAUGUCUGGUGGCAGUUUAGGAAGUAGCAAUGUUUACUGGUACCAGCAGAUUUCCGGAAAAGCGCCUCGGUAUCUAUUCUACCAUUAUUCCGGCAGUACCCCUUCCAGAGGCACUGGAGUUCCAGACCGUUUCUCCGGCUCAGUGUCAGGCAACACUGCAACAUUCACAAUAUCGAACGUCCAGUCGGAGGACGCUGCGGACUAUUACUGUGCCAUGUGGAGCAGUAACGUUUACAUAUUCGGCAAAGGAACGAAACUGGGUAUUGGCAAUCCUCGGCCACCUGCUGUCUCCGUCCUCCGUCCUUCAGCGGAAGAAAUCACGGGAAAGGGUACUGCCACCCUGGUGUGUUUGGUCAGCGGGUUUAAUCCGGGCGCUGUGGACAUUGAGUGGACUGUGGACGGCAGUGCGAGGAAGAAUGGAGUUGAGACCAGCCGGAUCCAGCAGGAGACGGACAACACGUUCAGUGCGAGCAGCUACCUGACUCUGCCAGCCUCAGUCUGGAACUCACACGAGCUUUACUCCUGUGUGGUGAAACACGAGACUCAGGCAAACCCGUUUCAGACGAACAUCGCGAGAUCCAGCUGUAACUAAAAUACUGAAAGUCUACUUAAUCAAUAUGAGAAAGUUAUUUUCCGUCUUUUUCUUCAUUUUGAAAAAUUUGAUUAAAAAUUAUUCUUUUUUGAAGAUUGGCAUUUGCAGUCAAAAUUAGUCAUUUAUGUUUUGCCAGUUUCAAACUUAAUUCCAUUAAACCGUAUCAUUAUUGAUUGAAACUCCAAUGUUAAUUAGUCUCUGUUAAAUGCAUCGCCAAAUGUUCAUCAAAAGACACUGGUCUGAAGAUUGCAUUCUUGAUUCUUGCUUACUGCUAAUGAUUUCGAAUACAACUAUCGAAUAAAAUUAAUGAUCCAAUCUGAAGUGCAAUACAUUUACAUGACUUUUAUUUCUAAAGCACAAUAAAUCAAA